AUGAAGAAGACAACAGCUGAAAUGAAGGAUGUCCCAUAUUCAAAUGCAGUGGGUAGUAUGAUGUAUGCUAUGAUAAACACUAGACUGGAUAUAGCCUACGGUAUUGGGCUAGUAAGUAGGUUCAUGAGAAAACCAAGUCCAAAUCAUUGGAAGGCUACAAAGUGGUUGUUGAGGUAUUUAAAAACUUCAUCACAACUGAAACUAAAGUACUACAGGGAUGAGACAGCAAGUACUAGGAUUGUAGGCUACUAUGAUUCAGAUUUUGCAGGUGAUUUGGACAAGAGAAGGCCCAUUUCAGGUUAUGUUUUUACAUUGGGAGGAAAUACCAUCAGUUGGAAGUCAAGUCUGCAGCAUGUGGUGGCUUUGUUAAGCACAAAAGCAGAAUACAUAGCCGUAGCUGUACCUAUAAAGGAAGGAAUUUGGUUCAAAGGGUCGAAUAUACUGUGCUUUUCAAUACUCUCGAAAACUGCAGUGUAUUAA